UGUCUCGUCUCUCUUCUCCUGCAAAGAGUUUAUGAGCUUUAAAACAAAAACUCUAAUGGAUCGGCUUCCCAUUUUGUGGCGUAGCUCUCUCGCCUCCGCUUUUCGGACCGCCUUGGCGUGCUCUAUAGUGGGCGUCGCCACCCUUUUCGGCCCGGAGGCGCUCAAGCGCCAAAUAGCGUUUCCCGCUUUUUCUUACUUCAACGUUAUUGUUAUUAUGACGGACACCACCUUGGGCGACGCCUUGCGUGGCUGCUGCUACGCUAUCUACGCCACUUGCCUAGGCGCGUGCCCCGCUAUUCUUAGCCUGUGGCUGAUUGGCCCGGCCAACCUCACCCUCGGCACCGCCGCUGGGGCCGUGGCUAUCACCGCCUUCAUUGUCGUGCUGCCCGAAAACACCCACGUCAUAGCCAAGCGCAUCGCGCUCGGCCAGACGGUUCUUGCCUACACUAUAGCCUACGUGAAUGGGGCCCAGACCGAGCCGAUCAUGCACCCACUCCGCGUCGCCACCAGCACCGCCAUUGGCGUCGCAGCUUGUGUCCUGGCUUUGCUGUUUCCCUACCCUAGCCUAGCUUGUUCUGAGGUGAAACACAACUGCCACCUCUUCGCCGAGAAUGUUUCUCAGAGAUUAAACCUACUGGUGAAAGCAUUUUCUGCAGAAGAUAACGCGUCUGCACUAUCAUUGGUUUCUCAAGUCAAGUUUUUAAAUUCUAGCGGAGCUAAACUUUUGCAGAAUAUUAAAUCCAAGCAAGAAAGCAUGCAGUGGGAACGGUAUCCGAUUAAGUUUUUCCGACCGUAUUGCAAGAACCCCGGGGAGAGGCUGCAAGAAUACGAAACACCAUUAAGUGGGAUGGAAAUGGCUUUAGUUGAUAAUAAUCCUCCACAAUUCCCAGUAACUUUGUUGAGCUCAUCAGAGGUGAAAGACAGCCUGGAUUGUCUUACAGGCCACAUUUCAAAGCAAGUCAAAGGCACGCAGUUUGACUUAGCCACUGUCCCUGAAUCAAACGCAGAAAAUGCGGUUAAGUUUCUUCAAAAACUUCAACCUGUUACCCUACAAGAUUUAUCCUCCUUCUUCUUCUUGUUUUCCUUGAAACUUCUAUUGAUCAAGCCCUCUUUUUCACCUCUUAAAGAUGUAUCGUCGUUGAAUGAUAAGGAUGGGUCGAAGGAACAAGAAGAGCGGUUGUUGAAUAAGAUUUACAGUAACUUGGCCGGUCAAGUAAAAAAAAAAAGGUUUUUGGCAGCCUUAAAAUGCGCACUCUCACUUGGCCUUGCUGUGUUUUUUGGGUCUAUUUACAGCAAGCCAGAUGGGUUCUGGGCAGGGCUGACGGUUGCCAUAAGCUAUGUCUCGGCAAGAGAAGCAACUUUUAGAAUUGCCAACGUUAAGGCUCAGGGGACAGUACUGGGAUCGAUCUAUGGAGUGUUGGGAUGUUUCGUUUUCGCUAAAUACAAGGAGCUCCGGUUCAUUUCUCUCAUUCCUUGGUUCCUAGUAUGCAGUUUUCUACGGCGCAGCCGAAUGUACGGUCAAGCUGGAGGGAUCUCAGCCUGUAUAGGGGCGGUGCUAAUUCUGGGUAGAAGAGGAUUUGGGCCGCCAAGUGAAUUCGCCAUGGCAAGAAUCACGCAGACCUUUAUAGGGCUGGCAUGUUCCAUUGUGGUAGAGCUUCUUUUCCGGCCUACAAGAGCUUCAUCCCUGGCUAAAAUCCAGCUUUCCAAAAGCCUACAACUCUUGAACCAGUGCAUCAUCUCAAUAGAUUAUUCAAGCAACUCCAAGCUGGAGGAGACCCAGAAAAUUUUAAAAUUACAUGUCAAUCAGCUGGGGAAAUAUAUUGGGGAAGCUGAGGUGGAGCCCAAUUUCUGGUUCCUGCCUUUCCAUAGUGAUUGCUAUGGUAAGCUCAUGGGUUCCUUGUCAAAUGUUGUUGAAUAUCUACACUUUGUGGCCCAAGCGCUGAGAUUCUUGGAACAAGAAUCUGCCACAAGACCUCUCUGGAAAGAAUCCCUGAUGAGCAGGCUAGAUUCUGAUCAUCUCAGCCUUUUCAGAGAUUAUGUUGGCCCUUCAAUUAAAUCCUAUGAGGAGAUCAUCAGUUUGGUGGGAUCAGUCUCAGUUCUUGACAAGGAAUUUGAGAAGAAGAAAAGUUCGAUUGACCCAGAACUGGGAAAAUUACCAACAAGCAACAACAUAACGGGAUUAAGCGAUGAAGAGAUUGAGAACAAACUGAAAUCCUUUCUAGAAGAUUCCAGACAGUUUGUUGAUGAGAAAGAUGAAGAUGAAGAUGAAGAAGAAGAAGAAGAAGAAGAUAACGGUGAGGUUAUGAACAGCCAAGUGGCGCUGAGUUUAAGUGCCCUGGCGUUUUGCAUGAGAGGCAUAGUUAGAGAAACGAAAGAAAUUGACAAGGCAAUUAAAGAACUUGUACAGUGGGAAAAUCCCUCCAGCCCUGUAAAUUUGCAUGAAAUUUCAUGUAAAAUACGUGCUCUUGCACAUACAGUAAUAAACUGAUGAUAUCAUUCUUGAUAAACUCAGGUUAUUAUAUAUACAUCCAUAACUAACCUUAUUAUAUUCUUGAUAUAUUAAUAUAUAUAACAUUUAUUGUUA